AUGUUCAACCAAUAUAAUAACUUUCAAACGAAUUCAAUUUUUGGCACUUUCGAUGAUACUUUAUUUCAAGCAAGAGCAGCACAAGCUGCACUUGCUGAAAUUGAUGUUAAAAAUGUCAAUAUGGCCGCUAGCGGAAUGCUUCGACCAUCGGAUAUAUUUACCUAUCAUUCUACCGCAGCAUCACAUUUGCCAUCGUCCGGUGAAUUUGAUUCAUCUGCAAUUUCACAAAGUUCAAUUAUUGAUUCAUCCAUGAAUCAUGCAGCUGAUUCAAUGGCUUCCUUACAGCAUGUAAUGGCAAUGCAACACUAUCCAACUGCACAAUUUUCCCAAUAUCCGAUACCAUCACCGUUUGCAACUGCAACUGCAGUUGUUGCAUCACAAAGUGCUGCUGCUGCUGCGGUGCCAAUAUAUCCUUUAUCAGCUCAAGCUACAGAAUUGGAUACAGAUCCACGUGAACUAGAGCGUUUUGCGGAACAUUUUAAGCAAAGGCGUAUCAAAUUGGGCGUAACUCAAGCUGAUGUUGGUAAAGCUCUUGCACACCUAAAGAUGCCAGGCGUUGGAUCAUUAAGUCAGUCAACGAUAUGUCGAUUUGAAAGUCUUACAUUGUCGCAUAAUAAUAUGGUAGCGCUAAAACCUAUUUUACAUUCGUGGCUUGAAAAG